GUUACACAAGGUGUUUCGUAAAUUUUUUAACAACAGAAAUCUUGUAGGUGGAGUGCUUUAGUAUAACACUGCAGCGAAGUCGAAUCGUCCCCAUCUGCACACACUAACAGAGCUGUCAGGUUCCAGCGAUGUGGGGUUCAGGUGUGUUGCUCCUCCUGGUCGGACUCUGGCAUCAUCAGACCCUCGCCCAGAGCUCUGAGCCCAUGCUUCAGGUUGUAACACAGAUGGUGCUUCCUCCUGACAGCCUGCACAAUCCCACACAACUCAACUAUGGGAUGGCUGUAACUGAUGUGGAUGGUGAUGGUGACCUGGAGGUGGUUGUGGCAGGGUACAAUGGGCCCAACCUGGUGCUGAAGUACGAUCGCACUCUAAACAGACUAGUAAACAUUGCCAUUGAUGACAGUAACUCUCCAUACUACGCCCUGAGGGACCGAGCAGGAAAUGCUAUUGGAGUUACUGCCUGUGAUGUGGAUGGAGAUGGACGUGAGGAGAUCUACUUCCUCAACACAAACAAUGCUUUCUCUGGACGGGCGACUUAUUCAGACAAGCUCUUCAAAUUUCGGAACGGCCGGUUUGAAGAUCUCCUGAGCGACGAGCUCAAUGUGCGUCGCGGCGUUGCCAAUGGCAUGGCAGGACGCUCGGUUGCAUGUGUUGACAGAAAGGGAACAGGCCGCUACUCAAUCUAUGUGGCCAAUUAUGCCAGUGGCAACAUUGGUCCCCACGCUCUCUUAGAAAUGGAUGAGGCUGCCAGUGAUGUGACCAAAGGCAUUGUCGCUCUAUCGGACGUGGCUGCAGAGGCCGGGGUCAACAAGUUAACAGGUGGGCGGGGUGUGGUGGUCGGACCGAUCCUGAGCCAGUCGAGGUCGGAUGUGUUCUGUGACAACGAGAACGGACCAAACUUCUUGUUCAAGAAUAAUGGAGAUGGGACUUUUGUAAAUGUGGCCAGACAGGCAGGUGUGGAGGACCGGUACCAGCAUGGCCGAGGAGUAGCACUGGCUGACUUCAAUGGUGAUGGAAGGACAGACAUCGUCUAUGGCAACUGGAAUGGUCCACAUAGACUUUUCCUGCAGGGCAGCGACUCUAAAUUCCGGAACAUAGCUGCUGGAGGAUUUGCUGCUUCCUCACCUAUUCGCACAGUCAUCGCUGCCGACUUUGACAAUGACAAGGAGCUGGACGUGUUUUUCAACAACAUCGCUUACAGAGGCAAUGCCCCUAACAGGCUUUUCAGGGUGUCAAGGAGAGCUGAUGCAGACCCUUUGAUCCAGGAGCUGAAUGUGGGCGAUGCUGCAGAGCCACAGGGGCGAGGAACAGGUGGCACCGUCACAGACUUCGAUGGGGACGGACAGCUGGACCUGCUGCUGGCACAUGGAGAGAGUGCCCAACAGCCAAUCUCUGUCUUCAAGGUCACACAGGGCUCCUCCAACAACUGGCUGCGGGUCAUCCCUCGCACCAAGUUUGGCUCUUUUGCCCGAGGAGCCAAAGUGACGGCCUUCACCAGUCAGAGUGGAGCUCACAUACGCAUCAUUGACGGAGGCUCGGGGUACCUGUGUGAGAUGGAGCCUGUCGCACACUUUGGUUUAGGAAACGACCAGGUGACGGUACUGGAGGUCUCCUGGCCAGAUGGCAGCUCCAUCACUCGAACCCUUCAGCCCGGUGAAAUGAACUCUGUGGUGGAAGUAGCCUAUCCGCAAGAAGGGGAAACGGCUGUACUUGCCAAUGACACGCAGGUACGCAGAUCGGAUCCACGGCAUGAAUUAUGAACACCGUGUGGGAAAGGUUUUACUGUCCAGAAUGGCCGCUGUGCAGGUCUGUGAGGAUAGUCACAUGAAAUGCAGUACAAAGUUGAUGUGGAAAAUACAAUAAUGUUAGCAAACACAUGGUUUUAAGAUACUUUGCCUUGAUAUUUUCUUUACUGUAUGAGUAGUUUUGAUAUUUUUGUGUUUCUCAUUUGUCUCUAACUUUUCCUGAAUAAUUUUCACAGCUACUGCUAGGUUAUGGUUGUUAUUUUCUGUGUGCCAUGUCAAACUAAAUAAACUGCUACAAAUCAA